AUGAGUUAAUAAUCUUCUAAUCAAUAUGCAUACGAUCAAGAAUUAUAUGAGUAACAUAUAAAGUAAUUGGAUAAAAUUAAAAAUGAAAUAGAAGCUUAAGAUCCAUUCAUUAUUACCUAACCAAUAGAAUUGCAAAUAUUAGAAUCAGAAUAUUUAGAAAAUUAAGGAUUUCAUCAAAAAAUUUAAAAAAUCCGUGAAUCCUAUCCAUUUUUCAGGAGAGUGAGAAGAGAUGGUAGCUGCUUCUAUAGAGCAGUUCUGUUUAGAAUAUUCGAAUAAAUAAUCUAAUCCAAAGAUCAGCAACUAUUAAAUAAGUUUAGCACCACGAUUGCUAAUUCAAAGACAGACUUAACAGCUGUUGGAUAUGAAUAAAUUGUUAUUGAUGACUUUUAUGAUGAAAUUAUGAAAUAAAUAAAAUUAUGUCCAAACAACAUUACUGUUUAGGGGAUUGUAGAUGCAUUCUGCAAUAAAGUCACAUCUGAUUAUCUUAUUAUGUACAUGAGAAUGCUGACAUCUGGAUAUAUCAAAGCGAAUUCAUUUUUGUUCGAAGGAUACAUAGAAACUGGAACAGUUGAAUUGUUUUGUUAAUAAGAAGUUGAUCCAAUUGAUCGAGAGGCAGAUUAAAUGCAAAUCAUAGCAUUGCAAAACUACUUGCAAAUUCCUAUCAGGAUUUUCUAUCUGGAUGGCAAUGUUGCCACAGUUGAUGCUACUAUAUUCUAAAUUCCAGAAGAUGCUAAUCCAAAUUCUAUAUUUAUCAAUUUAUUAUACAGACCUGGACAUUAUGAUAUCCUAUAUCCCAAAUGAGAUAUUGAUAAACCACAUAUUAUCAUGUUUAAAAUUCAUUUCAAUAUAAUCAUUAUUUAUAAAUAAAA